UUUGACUUGUCGUCGCUCAUCAAGUCCAUCCUUCACUUAUCAAAAGUUCAAAACUCAAAAAGAAAACCGCGUGGGUUCCUUCUUCGUCUUCUGACAUCUCUCUGAUUUUUCAGACUUAUCAAUUAAUACACCAUAUAGUGCUUCUCUCCUUGCUUUUGGCUGAUCAGAUAGAUAUGGCCCUUGAUGCUGGUUCAUCCUCUUCCUCUGCUCAAAUAUUCGUUCCCAAAAAGUAUGAUGUAUUCAUCAGCUUUAGGGGUGAGGACACUCGCACCAACUUCACUAGCCAUCUUUAUGAAGCUUUUUGUCAAAAACACAUCAAAACGUACAUAGACUACCAACUUCCCAAAGGAGAUGAGAUCUCACCAGCACUUAUGAAAGCAAUAGAGGAUUCCUUUGCAUCUGUGGUGGUCUUCUCUGAAAAUUAUGCUUCUUCAAGAUGGUGCUUGGAAGAACUCACCCAAAUAGUUCAUCGCAAGAGAGUUCAAGGGCAGAUUGUGAUUCCUGUGUUCUAUAAAGUUGAGCCAUCUCAUGUUCGCAACCAGACUGGGCUUUACAAACAAGCAUUUGAGAAAUAUGAGAGAGAUCUUAAGGUCAACCAACACAAGGUUAAAAUAUGGAAGGAAGCUCUCACUGAGGCUGCAAACUUAGCUGGUUGGGACUCUCACGCAUUUAGGGAUGAAUCUGAAUUAAUUCAAAAGACUAUCAAAGACAUAUUGCGAAAAUUGAAUUACAAGUACCCACCUGCUGAAUUGAAAGGACUUGUAGGAAUUGAUGACAAUUGCUCAGAAGUAGAAUUACUGUUGAGAGAUUUUGAAACCGUAGGAAUUUGGGGCAUGGGGGGAAUUGGCAAAUCAACCAUUGCCAAAACUAUAUUUGUGAGGUACUCCUCCCAUUAUGAAGGCUCUUGCUUCUUGGCAAAUGUAAGGGAAAAUUCUAAGUAUGGAUUUGGUGAUUUACGUCAUAAAUUUCUCUCCUGCCUACUAAAGGAAGAUCUCUUUAUUGAUACUUCAACAACUUUUGCUGGGUCAAGGCUUAGUCGUAUGAAAGUUUUUGUUGUUCUUGAUGAUAUUAAUUCUUUAGAGCAGUUGGAAUGCUUGGUUGGAGAAACUCUUUGCUUUGGUCGAGGAAGUAGAAUUCUCAUCACUUCUAGAGACAAGCAUGUGCUUAGCAAAGGAGUUAAGGUAAUAUAUAAGGUUAAGGAAUUGGAGUUCCGUCAAUCCCUUGAACUUUUUAGCUUGAAUGCCUUCAACACUAACUUUCCUAUAAUGGGAUUUGAAGAGCUAACAAGAAGAGCAGUUGCUUAUGCAAAAGGAAUUCCACUGGCUUUGAAAGUUUUGGGUUCAUUUCUCCAUGGCAAAAGUAAAAUUGAAUGGAAUAGUGCAUUAAAAAGGCUUCAAAAGAUUCCUCAUGAAGAUAUUCAAAAAGUGUUGAGAUUGAGUUAUGAUGGAUUGAAUCAUGAAGAGAAGAACAUAUUUUUAGAUAUUGCAUGCUUUUUGAAGGGAAUGUCAAAAGAACAUGUGAUCAGCUUGUUGGACAGCUACGACUUCCAUGGACGUAUUGGUAUAAGAAUACUUCAUGAUAAGUCUCUUAUAAAUGCUGAAUAUGAUCACCAGCCCAUAGAAAUGCAUGAUUUGAUUCAAGAAAUGGGCUUUGAAAUUGUCCGCGAAGAAUCUAUUGAUAAACCUGAAAGACGUAGCAGAUUAUGGGAUCCUAAAGAAAUCUACAACAUCUUAGCCUAUGAUACGGGAACAAACAAAGUUCAAGGUAUCAAAUUGAACGUUUCACAAAUUAGAGAUGUUCAUUUGGAAGCCAACAUUUUCAGAAAGAUGCCUAAUGUAAGAUAUCUCAAAUUUUAUUCUACUUCCAACAAUAGCUCAAGCCAUGUGCAUCUUCCAAAAGGCCUCAAGUGUCUUCCAAAUCAAAUUAGGUAUCUAGAGUGGUGCAGAUUCCCACUUAAAUCCAUGCCAUCAACUUUUUGUCCAGAGAAACUGGUUGAGCUUCACAUGCCCAAUAGCCACGUUAUAAAGCUUUGGAAUGGAGUGCAUGAUUUUGUUAACUUAAAAAUCAUAAACCUUAAGAGAUCCAAGGAACUGAAGGAGCUUCCGAAUUGCUCCAAAGCCUCAAAUCUCGCGGUAGUGGAACUUGCUGGUUGUGUUAGUCUACGUUACAUUCAUGCUUCAAUUUUGUCCCUUCACUCACUUGUUAGAUUGGACUUAUAUUGGUGCAAGAAACUUAAGAGUCUAAUAAGUGAUGUCCAUUUAAAAUCUCUACAAUCUAUUGAAGUUGGAUACUGUUCAAACCUCAAGGAGUUUUCACUGUCAUCGAAAAAAUUGAUGGGAUUGGAUUUAUCUGAAACAGGAAUUGAGAUAUUACACUCGUCAAUAGGGUGCUCGAGUGAAUUGGUAAAGCUUGAUCUCAGUGGCUUAAGACUUGUCGACCUUCCAAACCAAUUAUCUUGCUUAAGAAGUUUGAAGGUGUUUAAGCUUUCCAAUUGUGAAGUCAUUGAUGAUUGAAGCUAUACAUCUUAUUUGAUGGCAUGUGGUCAUUAAAUGAAGUGAUAUUGGAUAACUGUUGUAACAUAAAUGAACUCCCCAACAAUACUAAACAUCUUUUGGGAUUGAAACGUCUUGUCUUAAGGAAUUGCAUAAGGCUUUGUUCUUUACCAGAACUACCACCAUCCAUUGUAACCCUAGAUGCCUCUAACUGCAUUUCCUUGGAGAAUGUGUCAACUUUCAGAUCAUUGAAAAAUGGCAAAAGAUAUUGCAUCUCAUUCGGGAAUUGCAUGAACUUGACUGAACAAUCACUUCACAAUAUCAUUGAGGCUACCUAUGAAGUAAUUUCUUAUGGUUUUCCUGAACUGAUCAACCAUCGUCCUAUGUUUUGCUUUCCAGGAAACAAAGUGCCAGAGUGGUUCAAAUAUGAGGCUGCACAAAGCUCCGUAAUUGUUGAUUGCCCUGAUAAUGAUUAUUCAGACUUGUUCUUUUGUGCUGUUCUUGACAUUUACUCAGAAAUUGAAUCUUAUUUUGCUAUACAAUGUGCAUUAUGCUUGGGAGGUUUUAAGACAUAUUUGGGGUUUGAUUUUCUUGCUCCAAAGACAAAAUCUGUUCAUGUUUUCAUAUGGAGCAUUUCUGACUUUGAUCAAGGGAAAGUGAAGGAACUAUUUAGCAAAAGAAGAAAUAAAGAGUCGAAUAUUGACACAAAGCUUUAUGUUAAAUUCUCGAUUGAACGUCCUGUUGUGCGGAUUGGGUUUAAUCACGUGUGCAAGAAGAUUGGUAUCAAAGCAUGUGGGGUGAGGGCAGUGAAUUUCUCAAAAAAGAGAAAUUUGAUGAACAAAUAAUGGAAAUGGAGACGAAAAAGAAGAGGCCUCGAGAUGUUGAAGAGGAACAACCACUUGUUCAUUCCAAGAAACGUAUCAAGUUUGAAAUGGCUAUCCAUACAGCAUGCCUUAAGAUUGAUGAACUAGAGGUUCUUCUCAUGAGGAUGAAAAUCACCUAAAACUCUCCUCUUCCAUUCCAAGUUUAUGCCAGCAAGGAAAACAAACAAAUAUAAUUCAGAUAUGAAACAAGAAACCAAAGGAAAGAAAUGUGAGAUGGAAGAGAGGAAGAAAAGAGGAGGAAGAGAAGAAGUUAGACUUGGAUUUAGGAGGCUUUGCGACCAUUGGAAGCUCAAAUACACAAUAGGUCCAGGCGAAGGAACCAGUGGUGGACGGGGAAAGGAGCAAAGCUAGGGGUUGUUUGUGGAUUGUAAAGAACUGCAACCCCUUUCUUUUGAGCAAAUUUAUUGUAAUGUAUUUAGGAUUAAGGUGCAAGUAGAAGUGAUUAUGUAUAUGUGUGUGUGUGAAUAUGUGUGGAUUGUAUGGCUUGUAUAUGAAUUUUUGUCUGCUUGUAGAUUUGUGGCUAGGAAACUUGGUUAUGGUGUGUAUUUUUAAUGAAUUUAUUUAUUAGACUAAGUUUUCACUACAAGUAAAUAUUUAUUUUGGUAUAUAUGUGAUUCUAUAAGCAAAUACAAAG